AAACCGGGCUUUAAUCUGUCUUUUACGAAAUGGAUUAUCAGGCUUUAAGUGAGAGCAGCACAAGCAGAGUGAGUGAAGCAGUGACAGUGCGUUGAAUAAGAACGACUAUUAUUGGAUUAUUACAACAGCCAUUUGCAGCAUGUAUGCCAGUUAGUAUGUAAACACUGCCCUGUUAAUUAUCUUUGUUAACCCAUUGGAACUUUGCUUGGUUUAAUGGACUCAGAUGAAGAAGCUGAAGUCUUUCCAGAACACCCGAGGCCUUUGGUUGCAGAGGAAGAAGAGGAGGAGGAAGACGAUGCAAAGAUCUUCAAUGCUUGGAUGCAGCGAUACAGAGGUGGAGAACAGAAGAACAAACUGGAAGCGGGCGAGGAAUCAGAAAAAAGAGCUGAAAGCGUGAACAAUUUAGAGUCUACAGUCCGUCUUCAAUCAAAGCGCCGGUCAUCACUGCCGUGUCUGACGACUCUCUCGACCAUGCAGCUGGCUCAUCUCCACUCCUGCACCCAGGCUCCUGUGACAGCCAGGACUCUUCUGCGACGAUCCUCAUCUCGCCGCCUCCUGCCAUCACAGCAGAACUCUGCUUCCAAUGCGCCUGUUGCUGAGCGAAGGUCCUCCCUCAUACCUACAAUCCCGGAGAGCAUCAUGCCUGACAGAAAGAGUCAGUUCAGGAGACGCAACGUCAGCUCUUUGAGUGAUGCAGACAGCAUGUGUCGGAUCUGCCGCAAUGACCUGAACCGAGGUUCUGGUGGCCUCCGAGAGCUGCAGUGCACACACACGUUCCACCGAGAGUGCAUAGAGGAAUGGUUAUGGAACAAACAGUCGUGUCCCACAUGUAACAUCCAAGUCAUCACGCCACAGCACGUUGACUACUGGAGCUCCACCAAAGUCAUUGUUCCUUGAGACACCUGAGAACAUCUUCCAAUACAGACACUGGUUUGGUUUGGUUUGGUGUGGUUUAUUUGAACAUGAAGGUUACAAUGGAAUACAUCUCAUGAAUCAUCCUUUCACAGUUCCACAUGUCCAAAAGGAGUAGGAAGAAGCAAAGCUUAUUUAAUCCUACCCCCCAUCCAUUCCACAUCUAGUACAGUACAUAUUGUUCACUUCCUGCUUUCCAUGUAAUAUUUUUAUAUAAUAAUCAGUCUAAUAAUAAAAAUAAAAAACAAGCAUGACAGAACAAUCACUGUAAUAAUCAAGACUCUUCUGUAUUUAGCAAACAUCAACUGCUUGUAUUGUUUUUUAAAUUUGCUUAUCUCUGUACAUUGAGUUCCUUACUCAAUCCAUUCCAUAAUUUAAUUCCACAUCCAGAAAUGCUGUGGGUUUUCAUCGUUGUUCUCGUGUAUAAAUGUUUUAAGUUUCAUUUUCCCCUAAGAUCAUAUUUCUCCUCUCUGAUAGAGAAAUACUGUAUGAGGUUUUUGGGUAACAAGUUAUUAUUAACUUUAUACAUUAUUCUAGCGGUUUGAAAGAAUACUAAAUCAGCUAAUUUUAAUAUCUGUGAUUUAAAAAAUAAAGGGUUUGUAUGUUGUCUAUACUUGGCAUUAUGAAUUAUCCUCACAGAUCUUUUUUGCAGUACAGUGAGUGAGUGAAGAUUGCUUUUGUAAUUAUUUCCCAAUAUCUCCACACAAUACAUUAAAUAUGGUAAUACUAGAACAGUACAGAGUGUGGAGUGAUUUUUGAUCAAGAACAUGUUUUGCUUUAUUCAAUAUUGAAGUAUUUCUUGCCACCUUUUGUUGUAUAUAUUUAAUAUGAGAUUUCCAACUCAUUUUUUCAUCUAUUAUGAUCCCCAGGAAUGUGUUUUCUUUCACUCUUUCAGUAUCCACUCCGUUUAUUUGUAUUUGAUCGUACGUAUCCUUUCUGCUAUUUCCAGAUAGCAUUAUUUUAGUUUUAUUAAGUUCAAGAAUAAUCUGUUUCCGUCAAACCAAGAUUUUAAUAUGACCAUUUCAUCUUUGACCUUUUUAAUGAGUUCUUGUGUGCUUUCCCCAGAACAAAAGGCAGUGGUAUCAUCCGCAAAUAAUACCAACUUUAAAUCCUUUGUUACUUUACAAAUGUCGUUGAUAAACAAAUUAAACAGUUUUGGUCCCAAUAUGGAUCCCUGGGGUACUCCACACGUGGUGUAUAAACUCCAGAUGUAUAUUCUCCUAGCUUUACAAAUUGCUUCCUGUUUGCUAGGUAGCUUUUAACCCAAUUCAAGACUAAUGCUCUGAUUCCAUACCUUUCAAAUUUUGUUGUUAAAAUAUUGUGAUUAAUUGUAUCAAAGACUUUUGUCAGAUCCAUGAAUACUGCUGCUGCACAUCUUCUGUUGUCUAUAGCAGUAGUGAUUUCCUCCGUGAUUUCGAUCAGUGCCAUAGAAGUUGAAAUGUUGGCUCUGUAACCAUAUUGACUACCUGCUAGGAAUUCAUUAUUGUUAAUAAAUUUGUCCAACCUGUUAUUAAAAAGAUUAUUUAUAAUUAUUUAUAAUUUUAGAAAAUUUACAUAACAAGGAAACUGGUCGGUAGUUUGUAAAUUGAUGUUUAUCUCCAUUUUUUAAAACUGGAACCACUUUAGCUAUUUUCAUUUUGUUGGGAAAUUUUCCAGUCUAAAAUGAUAAGUUACUGAUAUAUCUUAACGGUUCUACAAUCUCAUUGAUGACCAUUUUAAUUGUUUCCAUUUCGAUUCCAUAACAAUCAGUUGAUGUUUUUGCCAAUGUCAGUGAUCUCCUUUUUAGUUACAACAGUGAGAAACAUGGAAUUGAGAUUCCCAUCUAUGGUUUCAUUCCAUUUGUCCAUUGUCUGGAGUUUUGGAAUUUCUUCCUCAACUUUUGGUCCAAUAUUUACAAAAUAAUCGUUGAACAUUUCAACUACCUCCUUCAUGUCAUCCCUGUUAGUGUUUCCAACCAUGAAAUAGUGAGGGUAGUCUGCUUUCUUAAAGUUGUUCUUUAUAAUACUAUUUAAGAUGCCCCAAGUUGCUCUCAUGUUUUUUUUGUUCUUAUCAAGUAGCUGGCUAUAAUAUUCCCUCUUACACACUCUCAAGAUAGUUGUCAGCUUAUUUUUAUAAGUCUUAUAUUUUUGUUCUGCUUUUGUAGUUUGUUGAAUGAUGAAUGUCCUGUAUAAUGUGUUCUUCUUCUUACAGGCGUUUUUUAGUCCUUUUGUCAUCCAUGGCUGGUUGUUUUUCUUUGCUUCUUGGACUUCUCUUGCCAGGGACAGUUCUUAUCGUAGAGCUCCAUAUAAGUACCUAGAAAGUUGUCAUAUGCUUCCUCCACAUCUGUUGCACUGUAGACCCUCUCCCAACUUUGUUCUUCGAGAUCUUGCCUGAAGGCACAGAUGCUGUCUUCUGUACGCAGUCUUUGAAAAGUCUUUUUUGCCGCCACCUGUCUUUUAUUAUAAUGUUCAUUGUAAAUUAUGAAGACUGGAAGAUGAUCACUGAUGUCACUGAUUAACAGGCCACUAGGAGUAUUGUUAUCAAAGUCAUUGGUGAAUACAUUAUCGAUAAGGGUGGCACAGUGGUCUGUUAUUCUGCUUGGUCUCAUGAUUUCAGCAUAUAAACUCAAGCUGUACAUUGUAUCUGUGAAGUCGUCUAUUUCCUUGCACUUAUGUGGAUUCAAAAGAUCAAUAUUGAAGUCUCCACAUACAACAAUUUUUUUUUUACCUAGUCUGUAAACGUCUUAAUCCAAUCCUCAAACAUUCCAAUGUUUGACUUUGGAGUUCUAUACACACAACUUAUUAGCACACUUUCGCUUUUUUCUUAACAGAUUUCAAUGGUUAAAAAAAAUAAUGAACAAAACCCAGAUAAUUUUUUUUACUCUUUUUGAGCGUGUAGCUGAGGCUAGAAAAUGGCGGCAUGAGGACAAAUUUCUGUUGCUUCAGUGUGUUGUCACAGGGAGGGCACAGGAGGCUUAUUCAGAGAUACGUGCAGAGGAGGCUUGAGGCAUUUCGCCAGAAGUUUAGGCAUUGGACAAAAACUGAAAAUGCAGAAAAAUAUCA